UCACAAGCCUCCUCGACGAACAGUUCUUUCUUGCUAACAAGUUUUCAAUCAAAAGAAACAAAAUUUCAAUCCCACUGUGGGUUCAUUUUUGCUACCCCCUUUUUGCAGUUCUAUCAUCCCAAAUCCAAGCAGAAGUCCUAGUACAAUCUAUAUUUUGUCUUUUCCUUAAUUCUUCCGGUCACAAAAUCUCAGAUUAAAGCUCUCGAACCUUAACCCCAUUUGUUUCUGUGGUGUCCUUGGCUAUUGUUUCGACAGAUGGACCCAGAAGCUGCAAGAACAGCACGAGAAUCUCUUGACCUAGUAUUCCACAUGUCAAACAUUCUUGAAACUGGGCUGGAUCGUCAUACACUUUCGAUUCUCAUUGCCCUUUGUGAAAUGGGUCUCAACCCUGAGGCACUAGCUGCUGUUGUUAAGGAGCUCCGCUGGGAAACCAUUCCCAAUCUUUCAUCGUCUGCUUCUUCUUUGUCUGCAACACCACCGGCUCCUUCCAUUCCUUAGGCGGAGCUAGGAGCAGGUGCAGCUUGCUUGAACUGAUUGAGCUAAUGUACCACACGAUGAUGAAGAUGUGGUGGUUAAAGAUCAAGUGAUAUUUUCUUCUAAUCACCUUUAUACAGAUGCAUUUUUAGAUCAUUUUUAGGUGAUCCAGGGUGUCUGCAGCUCAUCAUUUUUGCCCAAGAUUCAAACAAUAUGUAAUGCAUGUGUCUAAUUUGUGGUAUAAUUAGGGGGACAUGGGAUAGUGUAACUUAUUGGUAUGAUAUAUUGAAGAACCUUAAGUGGGGUGAUGGUUGCUUAAAAUAGUUAGUAUGAAUCUAAGUUGUUUUUAAGGAAGUUAUUGCUGUUUGUAAAAUUGAGUAUUUCUGCCUUUGAAAAAAUUUGCAUACAUUUGGAGCAAAGUUCCUAAGUUAUGUAGCAUAACAUUAUGUGUUGUAUACAAUGCAUAAUAUAUGAUAAUACUAGCUUCCUUUGAUUUAGGGAAAGUACUUGAUCUUGUGAAUCGAUUGAUUUGUCAAUGCGUCCUUGCGAUUAGACAAGGAAGAAUUGUUUGUUCAUUUGAGAGCAAUUCACUAGUUGUAGUUUCUGACCUAUCAUAUAAUUCUAUGCUCAGACAUUGCUUCUUUGUUGGUAGGAUCCCUUGUUUAUGACCUGACAUUUCCUUGUGAAAUUAUAAUUAUUUUUUGGUCAUGUGUAUUUGAUCUUAGUGAGUCUCAUAUCUGAUAUCUGAUUAUAUAUACUUUACUGUUUUUUCUGUUUUUCUGUAAACUUCCGAGCUUAUACAUCCUAAUGUGAGACAACCAUCUGAUUGAGCAUGCACCAGUACUAGACU